UGGUCGAAUGUGUUUUGAACUACGCUGGUAAAAAUGUUGGGGAAAAGAAUCAAUAGUUGCUGUUUGCUGAUGAUUAGCUUUUUUUGGUUAACUGCCAAUGCUAAUCGUGUGUCUGAAGAUGUCGAUCUGGCUGUAUUUGAUAGAAACAACCAGACAGUGGGAUACUUGAAAGACGACAAGGAAAAUUUCGUUAAAUAUGGCUGCAGUCCCGGAGAAAAUUGGACCGUCAUCACUUACGGAUGGCAUCAGGGACUUUCGACGGAUUGGGUUCAACCGAUGUUUGAACUUUUCCAAAAGCACCGCGGUGGAUGUGUCAUGAUUAUGUUGUAUGCCAAUGACGAUCAGAGAUACGACUAUUUUGGAGAACUUCUACCGGUGAUCGAUUCCCUGACCAACAGCCUGGUCGAUUACCUGAAGUUCAUCGAAGAUGCUGGAUUCGAUCCGGCAAAUGGUUUAAUUUUCGGCCACAGCGUUGGAGCUCAGCUUGCAUUCAAAGCAGGUCGACGAUUUGGCUUCCAAAAAUUGGGAAGAAUCGACGCUUGCGAUCCUGCUUUGCAAGGAUUCGGGGAUAAGGUUGAGUUCCGCUGGACGGAUCCGAAACUGGCGGCUAAGCAAGUUCAGUGCAUCCAUACCAGUAAAAGGUUCGGAAUAGCUGAGCGAAACUGUCACGUCAACUGGAACAUGGGCGAUUGUGGCGUUCAACAGGAAGGCAGGCAACCUUUCCCCAUGGGAUCCCAUGAUCUGUGCCCACAUUUCUACAACAGCGCUUUCGAGCACGAUUUCCUGCCAAUCCCGAAACCGAAAAAAUGUCAGUCGUUCCGGGAAGUGGAGGAGUGGCCCGAGGGCUUCCGGAUGGGGUAUUACUGCGAUAUGGAAAGUGGAGUCACUGGCGAUCUGUUCUCACCAACUUAUGAAAAAUAUCCUUACAAUGAGAAACCGGAAAACAAUAGGGUUUAAGAGGAAUAAUAUAUCGAAGUCUUUUUUGGCUAUGAAGUAUUCGAAUGGAAAGCUGGUCGAAUUUUCUUGAAAUUAUUCAGGAAAUGAAAUAUUUUUUA